AAUAUUAUGCCAUUUCAGGCUUGUGCCUUUCCCCCCUCGGGACUUCCCGUGGACAUCCCUGCAGCAGUGAGGCUGAGUCCUGGCUUUGGGUGCAUGUUAAGAAAUACUAAUCAAAACGAAUGGGUGCCUUUCAAGAGAAAAAAAUUGUGGGAACUUCAACCUUUAAAAACCACGCCAUGCUUUAAAAACGUAAAACUCUAUUUCGGCCGAACGCUGAGCAUUUCUUCAAAUCACUAUGAGAAGCUUGAAUGUCUUUAAAUUCACCGGUCUGUAAAACGUAACGCGUCUCUCCCUCACCCCACAUUAUAAGUUUCCAAAGAGCGGAAGAAGGGGCUCCGGGGGUCCCGGCCCCAGGCUGCUAGGGGCUGACGGCAGGACUCGGCCUCCGUCCGACUCGAGGGUGUCGCGAAGGCCGGGAGGGAACGAAAGUUACCCUCGAACUUCGGAGGCGAAAGAGUCCAUGUGGACCUUAAAAAGGGCAAAACCUACCCUAAAGGACGUAAACCGCCCUCCCCUUCCCCGCCAGAGAACUUCCCGGCGUAGAGCUUCCGCAGCCUGCCGCAAGCCGGGAGGCCUUCACGCUCACGCGCUCUCCGCCACACACCGGAACUGCGCGGCCACGUCCGCGGGGACCCUGGCCAUGCCCCGCGCCGCCACCCGGCCCCAGGCGAUCUACGGGCCCCACGCGCCUGCAGUCGGCGCUGCUUCUGCGUGGGAGGAUCCGGCGGAAGGGGCGGGGUCAGGCGGCACUUCCGUGACUUCGGGAGGGGAGGUCACAAAUCACAUUGAGCCAAAACGCAUACAGUGUUUUCUUCAGUUACAAAUAAAAUGAAUAUGCCCAUGCUGCUACCACAUCCUCACCAGCAUUUCCUAAAAGGCCUUUUAAGGGCACCUUUCCGAUGUUACCACUUCAUCUUUCACUCAAGUACUCAUCUCGGAUCAGGAAUCCCAUGUGCUCAGCCGUUUAAUUCUCUUGGACUCCAUUGUACAAAGUGGAUGCUGCUGUCAAAUGGUUUAAAGAGAAAAUUAUGUGUACAAACAACCUUAAAGGACCACACAGAAGGACUUUCUGAUAAAGAGCAAAGAUUUGUGGAUAAACUUUAUAGUGGUUUAAUCCAAGGGCAAAGGGCCUGUUUAGCAGAGGCCAUAACUCUUGUAGAAUCAACUCACAGCAGGAAAAAGGAGUUAGCCCAGGUGCUUCUUCAGAAAGUAUUACUUUACCACAGAGAACAAGAACAAUCAAAUAGAGGAAAACCACUAGCAUUUCGAGUAGGGUUGUCUGGGCCCCCUGGUGCUGGAAAAUCAACAUUUAUAGAAUAUUUUGGAAAAAUGCUUACUGAGAGAGGGCACAAAUUAUCUGUGCUGGCUGUGGACCCUUCUUCUUGUACUAGUGGUGGCUCACUUUUAGGUGAUAAAACCCGAAUGACUGAGUUAUCAAGAGAUAUGAAUGCAUACAUCAGGCCAUCUCCUACUAGAGGAACUUUAGGAGGCGUGACAAGGACCACAAAUGAAGUUAUUCUGUUGUGUGAAGGAGCAGGAUAUGACAUAAUUCUUAUUGAAACCGUAGGUGUGGGUCAGUCGGAGUUUGCUGUUGCUGACAUGGUUGACAUGUUUGUUUUACUACUGCCACCAGCAGGAGGAGAUGAGUUGCAGGGUAUCAAAAGGGGUAUAAUCGAGAUGGCAGAUCUGGUAGCUGUAACUAAAUCUGAUGGAGACUUGAUUGUACCAGCUCGAAGGAUACAAGCGGAGUAUGUGAGUGCACUGAAAUUACUCCGCAAACGUUCACAAGUCUGGAAACCAAAGGUAAUUCGUAUUUCUGCCAGAAGUGGAGAGGGGAUCUCUGAAAUGUGGGAUAAAAUGAAAGAUUUCCAGAACCUAAUGCUUGCCAGUGGGGAACUGACUGCCAAACGACGGAAGCAACAGAAAGUUUGGAUGUGGAAUCUCAUUCAGGAAAGUGUGUUAGAGCAUUUCAGGACCCAUCCCACAGUCCGGGAACAGAUUCCACUUCUGGAACAAAAGGUUCUCACUGGGGCCCUGUCCCCAGGACUGGCAGCAGACUUCUUGUUAAAAGCUUUUAAAAGUGGAGAUUAUUAAAAUUCAUCCUGUAUAAUAAUUUUACAUAUCAUUUCAUAAAGUAUUUUAAUA